AUGGUUAUGAUGGAAAGAAAUCUCUUUAUACUAUUAUCUUAUGAAAAAUUGCAACGUCCAAAUAUUAGUAAUCGAAGUCGACCGAUUGAAGCGUCACUAAGGAAACGUUUGUUAGUCUGGAAUUUGUUGAAAAAAAUUGAAAGUGAUCCAGCACAAGAAACACAACAUGAGACACAAGAAGAAUUAGAAAAUGAAAAUGAACAAACAUCUUGGAUGUUAGAUGUUAACUCAUGCGAAAUGGAUAUUGAAGAAUAUGAUUCGACUAAACAGGCUGAAAUAACAACAGCAAUAGUUACAGCAAACAACGAUGAUGGGAUAUUAUUAGAACAAAAUAUUUUAGAAUCAAUGGAUACAGAACAACAGAUUCUCAAUGAAAAUGAAUGUUUAAAUUCAUCAUUAUCAAAUCGAGCGAUUGGCUCUGAAAGACGUCAUCAAAUGACAAAAAUUGAAGAAAAUACAUCCGUGACAAAUGUUAUUGCUUUACCAGUUGACCGAAUAUGUGAAGAAAGUGAAAAACUAUCACACACGUCCCCAUUAUUACCUUUUCCAUGUACAAAUACCGUUUCUUCAUCAUCGAAUUAUUUAGACGAAACAGAACAAUUCUUUCAUGAUCUGUGUCAAGAAUUAACAUCGACCGCAGCAGUUGUAUGCGAUUCAUAUGAUCAUUAUGAUUUUACAUUAUACCAUGAGCAAACUUGUAAAAUACCUUCAACAUCUCCCGCUGCAUCAAUAACAACAACCACUGCUGAACUUAUUCAUUGA